AAGGGGGAGAUGGAAUAAAAGAAGCCGAAGAAGAUUUUAGAAGCAAAGCACAUACCUUCCAGAUAAAGAUAAGGGCCAGGCAGUGACCACACUGCAGAGAUGAAAAACCAAAAGGAAAGAUCAGAGAGACAGACCGGGGGAUGGGCUCACACGGAGACGUGGAUGGAGGGCGAGUCAGUGGGUCGAGAGCUGAGAAGCAGAAGUCGGGUCUGAAAGCCUGGACCUUGGGCCCAGAACCGGCGCCGCCUCUGCGUCCUGCCUGCUGAAGGCAGAAGCUGGGCUGCAGCGGGCGGACAUUUUGCUGGGAAACGACAGGAAGAUGAGGAAGAAGAGGCAGAAAGUGUGGAGGCUUCUGAGAGCCUGGCUCCCGGGCGGAUGGAGAGCCAGCCUCGUCCACGCGCCCGCGGAGCGCGUUUGCCUGAGCGAGCCCUGGGCAGCGGCUGGUGCUCCACUCGGGGAAGGAAGGUCCAGGGGGCUGGUUCUUGCGAAGGUCAGAAGUGGAUCGUGUUCAUAGCCCGAGGCCUGGAGGCUGAUGGCGAGGGCGCGAUUAAGUGCCUGUCAGAGCCGGUGAUUGAUGGCCCUGCCCUGGCGAAGCCGAGCCGCGGUGGGAACUUCCUCCAAGGCAGAUGGAGGUGGGGAGCCCAGGUCCCUGAGAGCGGGCGUCAUUCUGCGCCACCAGCUAGAGGGAGAAGCAGGACCGGGGCUCCGAGGACAAAAGCCAGACCCCUCUGGUGAAGCAGGCAGUGAUCUGAAUCUCCCAGCCGAAUGGAUGGCGUGGCGCUCGGAUCCGCCACGGGAAGGAGUUGCUAAGUCGUACAUCUCUGGAGACCCAGAAGCUCGAUCUGCUGACGGAAGUGUCUGAGCUGAAGCUCAAGCUCGUGGGCAUGGAGAAGGAGCAGAGAGAACAGGAGGAGAAGCAGAAAAAAGCAGAGUCGGUUCUGAAUGUGAUCAGUGAGCUGCAGGAGCAGAUGCGUGGGCUGCAGCUGGACAUCCACAGGCAGAUGCAAGAGCGCCUCGUACUCAGUAGGGAGCACCCUGAGGAGGAGUUACUGCAGGAGCUCCGGCACCUCAAAAUCAAGGUGGAAGAGUUGGAAAACGAACGGAAUCAGUAUGAGUGGAAGCUGAAGGCCACCAAGGCUGAGGUCGCCCAGCUGCAAGAGCAGGUGGCCCUAAAGGACGCAGAGAUCGAGCGUCUGCACAGCCAGCUCUCGCGGACCGCAGCUCUGCACGGCGACCAGGCGGAGAAAGAUCAAGAAAUUCAGCGUCUGAAAAUGGGAAUGGAGACUUUGCUUGUUGCCAAUGAGGAGAAGGACCGCCGGAUAGAGGAGCUCACUGGGCUGUUAAACCAGUACCGGCGGAUGAAGGAGAUGGUGAUGGCGACUCCAGCCCUUGCCCGGGUGCCCUGCAGAGCUUGUGCGUCCCUUCGUGUAAUGCCGGAGAAAUCACGUGAGGAUCCCGCGGAACAGUCAGAGGCUCCUGAACAAGGAGCCGUCAUCUCUCCUGCCUUGACGCCUCCAGGCCCUGCAGAGAGGACCCUCUCCGUCAACGAGGAGGACCUGGAGGGGAGCUUCCGGAAGUGGAACAGUGCAAACAAAGGCCCCGAGGAGUCCUUUAAACCAGAGCUGUCUCCGAGAUGCAGCCCUCCCACGACGGGGCCACCUCCACUACCGCAGAAAUCACUGGAAACCAGGGCUCAGAGAAAGCUCUCCUGCAGUCUUGAAGACCUGAGAGGUGAAUCUGUGGAUAAGUGUGUCGAUGGGAACCAGCUGUCCCCAGUGGUAGAACCCAAGGACAGCCCUCUCCUGGCGGAGCACAAGUACCCCACGUUACCUGGGAAGCUUUCCGGAGCCACGCCCAAUGGAGAGGCUGCCAAAUCUCCCACGACCUCCCCACCUGACCCCGCAGGGAGCAGCCUGCCCAGGCUGAGUCGUGGCCGGAGUGUCAGUGCCCCUGCAUUAGGAGACACAGAAAGUGGUUGGGACGAUACUGCCGUGGCCACUGACCUCUCCUCCACGUCAUCGGGCACCGAGUCCAGCCCCCAGUCGCCCUUGACCCCAGACGGUAAACGGAGUCCCAAAGGCAUCAAGAAAUUCUGGGGAAAAAUCCGAAGAACUCAGUCGGGAAACUUCAACACCGAUGCCCCAGGGGUGGCUGAGUUUCGACGAGGGGGGCUCCGGGCAACCGCUGGGCCGAGGCUCUCUAGGACCAGAGACCCCAAGGGUCAGAAAUGUGACGCCAACGCCCCCUUCGCCCAGUGGAGCACAGAGCGCGUGUGUGCGUGGCUGGAGGACUUUGGCCUGGCCCAGUAUGUCAUCUUUGCCAGGCAGUGGGUGACUUCUGGCCACACUUUGCUGACCGCCACCCCUCAGGACAUGGAAAAGGAGCUGGGAAUUAAGCACCCUCUUCACAGGAAGAAGCUGGUUUUAGCAGUGAAAGCCAUCAACGCCAAGCAGGAGGAGAAGUCCGCCCUGCUGGACCACAUCUGGGUCACACGUUGGCUCGAUGAUAUCGGCUUACCCCAGUACAAAGACCAGUUCCACGAAUCCCGCGUGGACGGGCGGAUGCUGCAGUACCUAACGGUGAAUGAUCUCCUCUUCCUGAAAGUCACCAGCCAGCUACAUCAUCUCAGCAUCAAAUGUGCCAUUCACGUGCUGCAUGUCAACAAGUUCAACCCCCACUGUCUGCACCGGCGGCCAGCGGAUGAGAGUAACCGUUCGCCUUCGGAAGUCGUGCAGUGGUCCAACCACAGGGUGAUGGAGUGGUUGCGGUCCGUGGACCUGGCGGAAUAUGCACCCAACCUGCGUGGGAGUGGCGUCCACGGAGGUCUCAUUAUCCUGGAGCCACGCUUCACGGGGGACACGCUGGCCAUGCUUCUCAAUAUCCCGCCCCAAAAGACGCUCCUCAGACGCCACCUAACCACCAAAUUCAGUGCCUUGAUUGGCCCGGAGGCUGAACAGGAGAAGCGGGACAAAAUGACCUCACCCUCCUACACACCGCUGACCACCACAGCCAAAGUCCGGCCAAGAAAACUGGGAUUCUCACAUUUUGGAAACAUAAGAAAAAAGAAGUUCGAUGAAUCAACGGACUACAUUUGCCCGAUGGAGCCCAGCGAGGGGGUCGCGGACGGUCACAUGGUCUACGGUGGUUUCCGGGGCCUCAGCCCCCUUGAUGGCCCCGAACUGGACGGGCUGGACCAGGUGGCACCUUCAGAGGGCACCGUGACGCAGAUAGGGCUCCUUUCCCAAGACAUUCACCGCCUCACGACUCUGCUCAGCCAAGACCGGCUGCUGACCGACGCCCGCCUGGCCGCCCCCAGCGCUGAGGACUGGAGCUGACUCCUUGUGGCUGAGGGGCUGGAGAGGCCCCUGCGGGAGCCUGGUCCCCGGCUGGGCUGCAGGGCGCCUCCUACGUGCGUGUGGACAGGACGAGCCGGGCGGUGGAGCCGGUGUCAGGAGGGGUCCACGGGUGCUGUGCUCACAGCUUUGGCACUUUCGUGUGUUUGCACGUGGACUGCAGGCCGCUUUUGAGGGAGGGGAGCGAGAUGCCCGUGCAGACGGAGAUGCCCACUGUCCCUGGGGACGGUUGUGGGGCGCUGCCACCAGAGGGGGAGGGUUGUGAGUUCAUAAAAGCUCUUGUUGGAAAAAGA